AAAAUGUAAAAGCCAUUCUUGGCUCAUGGGCCAUACACAAACAGGCUGGCGGCUGGGCCAAAUUUGGGUGGUAGGCGGUAGUUUCCUGAGUCCUGCCCCUAUGGUGGAGUCCAGGGGCUCUGACUCACAUUCAUAGACUUUCUCCAAGUGGUCCAUCUUAUUUCCCCCUUUAUUCCCCGAGCUCCAACCAGCUUGGUCUCUUGACCCCUUCCCUGCCCCACACACCCUCCCCUUGUCUACACCUUUGCCUGAUUUUCCCUACCCCACCUCCAGCAGGGUCCAGGACGGGAUGCUGCCCAGACUCCCCUGCCCUGCUGUUUAUGGCACCCUGUUCCAUCUGGAGUCUGCACCUGUCACCUUUUGCCACGUAAGGAAUUAUCUGUACCUGAGCAUGCAGAAUUCCGAGGGUGGAGCGGAUUCGCCGGCAUCCGUGGCUCUGCGUCCCUCGGCGGCAGCCCCUCCUGUGCCAGCCUCCCCACAGAGGGUGUUGGUCCAGGCAGCCAGCUCCGCUCCCAAAGGGGCCCAGAUGCAGCCGAUCUCCCUCCCCAGAGUUCAGCAGGUACCCCAGCAGGUGCAGCCAGCGCAGCACGUGUAUCCUGCCCAGGUGCAGUACGUGGAAGGGGGAGACGCCGUCUACACGAAUGGAGCCAUACGAACGGCCUACACCUACAACCCCGAGCCUCAGAUGUACGCCCCCAGCAGCGCAGCUUCUUACUUCGAGGCCCCAGGCGGUGCCCAGGUGACCGUGGCAGCCUCGUCCCCGCCAGCGGUCCCCUCCCACAGCAUGGUGGGCAUCACCAUGGAUGUCGGGGGGAGCCCCAUCGUCUCCAGCACGGGAGCCUAUCUCAUCCAUGGGGGGAUGGACAGCACCAGACACUCCCUGGCCCACACCUCCCGGUCAUCGCCAGCCACGCUCCAGUGGCUGUUGGAUAAUUAUGAAACUGCGGAAGGUGUGAGUCUCCCCAGAAGUUCUCUUUACAACCACUACCUUCGGCACUGCCAGGAGCACAAGCUGGACCCGGUGAACGCUGCCUCCUUCGGGAAACUGAUCCGUUCUGUGUUUAUGGGGCUGAGGACACGGCGACUGGGCACCAGGGGCAACUCGAAGUACCAUUACUACGGGAUUCGUCUGAAGCCAGACUCUCCGCUGAACCGGCUGCAGGAGGACACGCAGUACAUGGCCAUGCGGCAGCAGCCCAUGCAUCAGAAGCCCAGGUACCGGCCAGCCCAGAAGACGGACAGCCUUGGGGACAGCGGCUCCCACAGCAGCCUCCACAGCACCCCAGAACAGACCAUGGCGGCGCAGAGCCAGCACCACCAGCAGUACAUUGAUGUCUCCCACGUCUUCCCCGAGUUCCCAGCGCCCGACCUGGGCAGCGUCCUGCUGCAGGACGGCGUCACACUGCACGACGUCAAGGCCCUGCAGCUGGUGUACAGACGGCACUGCGAGGCGACCGUCGAUGUGGUGAUGAACCUCCAGUUCCACUACAUCGAGAAGCUGUGGCUCUCCUUCUGGAACUCCAAGGCCUCCUCCAGCGACGGCCCCACCUCUCUUCCUGCCAGUGACGAAGACCCCGAGGGCGCCGUCCUGCCCAAGGACAAGCUCAUCUCCCUGUGUCAAUGCGACCCCAUCCUCAGGUGGAUGAGGAGCUGCGACCACAUCCUCUACCAGGCGCUGGUGGAGAUUCUCAUCCCCGACGUGCUGAGGCCGGUCCCCAGUACCUUGACACAGGCCAUCCGUAACUUUGCCAAGAGCUUGGAAGGCUGGUUGACAAAUGCCAUGAGCGACUUCCCACAACAGGUCAUCCAGACCAAGGUGGGCGUCGUCAGUGCCUUUGCCCAGACGCUGCGGCGCUACACGUCCCUCAACCACCUGGCACAGGCGGCCCGGGCGGUGCUGCAGAACACGUCCCAGAUCAACCAGAUGCUCAGCGACCUCAACCGCGUGGACUUUGCCAAUGUGCAGGAGCAGGCCUCGUGGGUGUGCCAGUGUGAGGAGAGUGUGGUGCAGCGGCUGGAGCAGGAUUUCAAGCUGACCCUGCAGCAGCAGAGCUCCCUGGACCAGUGGGCCAGCUGGCUGGACAGCGUGGUCACCCAGGUCCUGAAGCAGCAUGCCGGCAGCCCCAGCUUCCCCAAGGCCGCCCGGCAGUUCCUGCUGAAAUGGUCCUUUUACAGCUCCAUGGUGAUCCGGGACCUGACCCUGCGCAGCGCCGCCAGCUUCGGCUCCUUCCACCUCAUCCGCCUGCUCUACGACGAGUACAUGUUCUACCUGGUGGAGCACCGCGUCGCGGAGGCCACCGGAGAGACGCCGAUCGCUGUGAUGGGAGAGUUCAACGAUCUCGCCUCUCUGUCGCUGACGCUGCUUGACAAAGACGACAUGGGCGAUGAGCAGCGCGGCAGCGAGGCGGGCCCGGAUGCCCACAGCCUGGGCGAGCCCCUGGUGAAGCGGGAGCGCAGUGAUCCCAACCACUCCCUGCAGGGCAUCUAGCAGCCCCGGCCGGCUCCUCCGCCAGGUUCCAGAAGAUGCCGCCCGGUCGCUCUGGGAACCUGGACUUCACCGGCUCCACCAAAUUAGUGCCUCUUAGACGAUGGAUGUUUACUUUGACUCAAGCGGGGGCUCCCGGGGUCAGCGUGCCCUUGAAGGCCGAGAGAGUGUUCAAGAAGGAAAGCAGUUGUUGAAGCUACAGAAGCCUGGGCCGGGGCUCCCACUGACUGUAGCUGUGCUCUGGGUGCCAGGCCCCUGUACAGCCAGCAGGGCCACACCAGACCAUGGGUUCUUUGUUCUGGACAAACCCUCCUCUGCUGGAACUCUGGACUUUGGCCCCAGUCCCUUUAAGAGCUGAAGGGGCUGUGCUGAGAGCGCUGGCCCCUACACUCAACUGGAACCAAUUUUCACCAUGAUUUAAAAAUUUAAAAACCUGGCAGAGCCCGAAUAGAAAGGGACGGCCUCUCCCCUCCUACCUGCCACCACUGGGGAGACACAGAGCUCGCCAGCAUCCCUGGAGUCCCGUCAGGAAUGGAAAGUGGAGUGCCCUUGUCUGGUAGCACCAUGUGGGAGGGACCCAGCUGUGUGCGGUGCCCUGUGGCCUUUUAGAGCCAGACUGCCCUGCCCUGACGCGCUGAGGCGGGAGGCCGGCCGUGCUGCAGGAACCCACCUCCAGAUGCCAAAGGACUUGAGGGCAGCUGACAAUCGCUGUGUCCUGGACAGAUCUGCAGCUUGAAAAAGAACAAGCCACAGAAACGGGCUCGCUCGUGCCAGGACAAAGCAGUGUCUUCCGAAAACUCAAAACCAGAAGUUCUGUCAGCACCAGGAAGGAUCUGGGGCUCUGUCCAAGUUCAUCAUCACCAUCAAGCCGCUGGCUGUGGAAGGAGUUUGUCCAACAGGAACAGUGUCACAGCCGCGACUUCGGAAAGCAGCCAUCCCGCCUGUCGUCCAAACAGCAGUGCCUGCGUCCCGCUCCACGGAGUCUUCCAGAACGCCUCCCUCUGAAUUAAUCCCGGAGCACCCCAACCCCCAGCGAGUCCCACCUUGUCCUCUUCAAAGUCAGAACUCUUCUCUGGGGACAAAUAUUCGGGACUUUCGAAGCCCCGAACUUGAGACACCGAGUUUGUCUCCAUGGAGACACGUGGCCGCUGCAGUUGGACAGCUGCGUGCUGGAGUUUCUGCCCCCAAACCAGCUGCAGAGAAGAAAGACGAGCCUCGGCCCAGGACGCGCUUUCUAACGAAAUGCAAUAGUUUUCUCUUUUUGGAAAAAUGUUUAUACCAAUAGUUUUGUGCUCUAAUUGUUAUUAGAAUGUUUCUUAUGAAUGUGUACAUUGCAGUAUGUUCAGUCCCAAAUGUUUUGUUCUCAUUCACACAGAAGGUACUAAUAGCUCACGUGGCCUUUAAAAACCUUCCUUCCCUGCUUGCAGGAGCUCAGAGCAACGCUCGGCCUGCGCCCGAGUGGAGGGGCAGGAGGAGAAAGACGCGUGCUCACUUUAGAAACGAAAAGUCAGGAAUAAUCACUGUUUGUCUGGUCGUAUAGCCCAAACCUUAGUUGAAAUCCGACGGAAAGAAUGUCUUUAUACCUCUCCUCUCCUUGGAGACACUGAAGCUCACAGUUAACAGAUUGUAACGCCCGGCUUUUGCUCACUCCUGGUAACCAAUACAAGCUGGUUUCUGCCUUA